GUUUAACUAAAAGUAAAAAUCUGAACUACGAGUCCUUGCCCAGCUUCAAACUUGAGGGUUUCCGACGUUAAGUUUCCGGCCCUGCAUCGGACGAGAGACGCACAGGGGCGCCUCCGAAUCUUGCCACUUCUCGUUCCCCAUCGCCACCAAAGUUUUGGGUUUAAUUUCCGCAUCCCACCGUGGAGCUACAUACAUAGCUGCGUGCGCUCAUGUUGUCGACGCGUAUUCUCUGCGCGAAUGCUGCCAAAACGGCACAGCGUGCAUAUGCUACCCGAGCAUCCGAAUUUUACACCGAUCCUAGCAAGGCCCUUGAGCCAGCAGUCACGUCUACUCCAGAGGUCAACUCUUCGCAGCGAGAGGUCCUGGACUCGGCGUUGCGCAUUGAUCAGGCAGGCGAAAUUGCUGCUAAUGCGAUCUACAAUGGUCAAAUGGCCGUCCUCGGUAGACACCCACAUGUCGGCCAUCUCAUUCAGGAAAUGUGGGAUCAGGAGAAACGGCAUCUUGUCGUAAUGAAUAAAUUACAGGCACAGCAUCAGAUACGGCCAACUGUGCUGACAGAAGUGGCCAAAGUGGCAGGUUUCGCUCUCGGAGCUGCGACAGCAUUGAUGGGCAAAGAGGCAGCCAUGGCAUGUACUGAAGCUGUGGAGACAGCUAUUGGGGAGCAUUACGACGACCAGUUAAAGGAGUUUGAAUCACUACCGGAAUCACAUCCGAGCGUACCCCUUCUUAAGGAUGUCAUCCGGGAACUCCGGGACGAUGAACUGGAGCAUUUGGAUAUUGCUGUCGAACAUCACUCACAACGCGCACCUGCACACGCUUUGCUCAGUACGGUCAUCAAUGGGGGCUGCCAAGUGGCUAUAGGGAUAUGUCGGCGGUUCUAAUGGUUUUAUUAUAUUCGAUUGCUCCGAAUAAUGUGUGUCACGCGUCCUCAACAUGUCGCCGAUAUGUGUCAAUUGAAUGCGAACGCC